AUGCGGGCAAAAACUGGUAGUGCCACUCGAUCCUCCACGCCUCCUCUUCCUGCUUUCUUCGCGAAGAGAUGGGAGAUUCACAUGCAUGCUCUGAUGCUCGUGGAAGAAAAAGGCUGCAGCAAAGCAAAAGAGAUGAGAGACGUUUUCGUUGUUGGCACUGUUGCAUCCCUCUCUGACAGCGUCGACUCCUACGAGCACAUCCGUGCAGAGGAGAUCCGGGCGCUCGUUCGCAACCUAUUUGGAUGUGCCAGCCACGCCGUUGCCGUGCGCGAGUGCCUCGUGAACGCGACGCUGCGGAACAUCCUCCACAUGUCGGUCGGCGAGAAGUGGUCGGGCGUCUACGGCAGCGCUGAUGGGGAGGUGUUCCGGCGCACGGAGAGUAGCGCGGUGACAAUGGAGUGGGCGAUGGCGGAGCUCCUCCGCUGCCCCGACGCCAUCGCCACCGCCACCGACGAGCUUGACCGCGUGGUGGGGCGGGCGCGGUGGGUGGCGGAGAGCGACCUGCCGGACCUCCCCUACGUUGACGCCGUCGUGAAGGGGGCGCUGCGGCUGCACCCGGUGGGCCCGCUGCUCGUCCCGCACCACGCCAUGGAGGACACGGUGGCUGCUUGCAACGACGUCCCUGUCGGCACGCAUGAAAAGUUAGAAGAAUUUGACAAAGAUCAGAGUUAG